AUGCCUCAUCCGUCCAAAUCAGCUCCUGCUCCCAAGAAGGGCUCUAAAAAGACCGUCAGGAAGGUUCAGAAAAAGGACGGGAAGAAACGUAAACGCAGCCGCAAAGAGAGCUACUCUAUUUACGUGUGCAAGGUAUUGAAGCAGGUGCACCCCGAUAUCGGCAUUUCGUCCAAGGCCAUGGGCAUCAUGAACUCUUUCGUCAACGACAUUUUCGAGCGCAUCGCCAGCGAGGCCUCCCGCCUGGCGCACUUCAACAAGCGCUCGACCAUCACGUCUCGCGAGGUGCAGACGGCCGUGCGCCUGUUGCUGCCCGGGGAGCUGGCCAAGCACGCCGUGUCCGAAGGCACGAAGGCCGUCACCAAGUACACCAGCUGCAAGUGA